AUGACAUCCCUCCAUUAUGCAGCUAAGUACGGUUAUCCGAAAGUAGUCGAAUUGCUUUUAAAUCGAGGAGCAGAUGCAAAUUAUCCAGAUAGCUUGAAUUCUUAUGCUCCAUUACAUAUGGUAGCCAAAUACGGUAAAUUAGGACGACAUCGAAGCAGUAAAGCCAAAGACACUGCUGUGUCGAAGUUCAUCGACACGUCCACACGACGAUUUCAGUCUUUGCCAGAAACAGAUCGAAUACCUGAUGAGGUUGACUCCACUAGCACCAUUAUUGAUCUUCUCAUAAAACAUGGAGCAAUUGUCGACAUUACUGACAGCUACAUGAUGACUCCAUUGCAUCAUGCUGCACAAAAGAACAACGAGAUAGGAGCACGCGCACUCAUUAAGAAUGGAGCAAAAGUGAACGUAAGUUCGUAA